CGCUUGGUGAGUUGCAGCAGAUAGAUUGGCAAAAACUGUUGUAGGCGCAUUCUUUGGAAGUUUGAAAUACAUCCAGAGAAUUGAGUGGAUGACUGUGAUUUAUCUAAAAGGACUUUUUUUAAAAAAAAACCUUUAGUUUAUAUUCAAUUUGUGCGUUUCUGGGAGCGGAUGAGAGUGUUGUGGCAUCUUCUUUUUUUUUUAAACCGUGCGUAAUUGUCGACCCUUUUUCUGCUCCAUCAGUAAACUUUUUGUGUUCCCCUGACGAGACGUUGCAUUUGGAGGAAGGACAUCUAACGCCGGGGCUGAAAGAUGACAGCGAUCAGAAUGGUUUCAUCAGUGCUGCUGCUGGUGCUGAUGCAGUCCGGGGCUCUUUGCGCACGGAGGUUCCGGGGUGGCCGCAACCCGCAACCACGACGCUCACCACCUCCUCCCACAUACCGGGCGGACCGGGGUGACACCACGGAGAGCUUCCCUCUGGAUUUCACCGCCGUGGAGGAGAACAUGGAUAACUUCAUGACACAAGUGAAGAACCUUGCGCAGUCCCUCUACCCGUGCUCGGCGCAGAAGCUCGACUACGACAUGAAGCUGAACUUUUUGGAGAAUACGUCAGUCACCUGCAACGACGGAAGUCCGGCGGGGUACUAUCUGAAAGAAUCUCGAGGCAGCAGACGGUGGUUGAUAUUCUUAGAGGGCGGCUGGUACUGCUUCAACAAGGAGAACUGUGACAGCCGAUAUGAGACCAUGAGAAGAUUGAUGAGCUCUUCCAAGUGGCCCCAAACUAAAACAGGCACGGGGAUCCUGUCUCCGCUGCCUGAGGAAAACCCUCACUGGUGGAAUGCCAACAUGGUGUUCAUCCCGUACUGCUCCAGUGAUGUGUGGAGCGGUGCGACAGCCAAAACAGAGCAGAGUGGCUAUGCCUUCAUGGGCUCACUGAUUAUUCAAGAAGUUGUGAAGGACCUGCUGAACAAAGGUCUGGACAACGCUAAAGUUCUCCUAUUAGCGGGAAGCAGCGCGGGUGGUACUGGGGUCCUCCUGAAUGUGGACCAUGUGGCAGAGCUGCUGGAGGAACUGGGGCACACUGGGAUACAAGUGCGAGGCCUGUCCGAUUCUGGCUGGUUCCUGGACAACAAGCAGUACCACUGCACGGACUGCGUGGACGCUGUCAGCUGUGCCCCCACUGAGACCAUCAAGAGAGGAAUCAAGUACUGGGGAGGAGUGGUACCAGAGAGGUGCAGGCAAGCCCACGAAGGAGAGGAGUGGAACUGUUUCUUUGGAUAUAGAGUGUUCCCAUCAAUAAAAAGCCCUGUGUUUGUUGUCCAGUGGCUGUUUGAUGAGGCCCAGUUGACAGUGGACAACAUCCAGCUAACAGGCCAGCCCGUGCAGGAAGGCCAGUGGCGCUACAUCGAGAACCUGGGCAUUGAGCUGAGGAACACACUCAAGGACGUCCCGGCUAUGUUCGCUCCAGCGUGCCUAUCACACGAAGUUAUCACCAGAAAUUACUGGAUUGACGUGCAGGUUAAAGGAACUUCCUUGCCCCGAGCGCUGCACUGCUGGGACCGCAGUCUCCAUGACAACAGGAACAACAAGGCUCCACCCAAAGGCUGCCCUGUACAUCUGAUCGACAGCUGCCCGUGGCCACACUGCAACCCCACCUGCCCCACCAUCCGAGACCAGUUCACAGGACAAGAGAUGAACGUCAUUCAGUUCCUCAUGCACAUGGGCUUUGAUGUGCAGAAGAUGGCCAAGCAGCAGGGCAUGGACCCCAGCAAGCUACUGGGCAUGCUCAGCAGCGGCAGCUAAAGGGACACACAGUAUCUACAAGCUAAGUCCGAGCAGGGCUGGCAGGUCUCCCUGGCCGGUCUCCCAUGCCUGAUACCUCCAACUACCCAUCCACCUUCACAACCCAUUCUACCUAUAGUCGACUCUCCUCUGAAAUACUGUUUACUUUAAUCCAGGCCUCAGUCAAACACAGGGGCUUAGAUUUGUCCCACAAUCCCUUUUCCUCACAACUGAUGACAAGUACAGGGGCAACACAACACCACGACAAGGCACAACUCUCUGCUACUCUCCAUUUAAAUUAUCUUUUGCUUUGUAAAAGAAAAAAAAAUAUCACAAAUCCAGUUUUAAGGAUGCUCAUUGAUGUUUUGUUUUUUUUUAUAUUAUUUUCGUCCUUCCAUAUAGAUUAUAUUUAGUCAUUGUUUUAAAAAAAAGAAGCCACAAUGACGUAAGAAUGAUGUCUUUGUUAAGUAGUCACUAUAGAGUUUAUAAGGACAUAAUUCUGUUUUGUAGUUGGUUCUAACAACAUAUCAUCACACAAAAAAAAGCUACAUCAAGACAGAAACAGGGACAUAAUAAGGUGAGAUAAGCACUGGAUCAGGAAGGAAACUUUGUAUCUCUAAAAUAAUGGCGAGAACAAUAGAGAGAGACAAGUGACACCAAUACUCCUCUAAUCAACUUGUGGUAUAAAACCAGUUAACACCCUCUUUACAUAGUCAGGCUACAGAAAUGAGCUGCAAACUGACAAAAGAUGUUCCUUGCUAAUGAAUUGAAGGAAACAGUAAAAAAGAACAAAAGACACAUUUUAUAUUGUCAUUAUUAUGAUUAUCACAGGUUAAGAGAAAAGGUCCCCGUAGAGGUAACUCAUUCCUGACAACGCAGUGGCAUAUUCUCAGUUUCGAAAGCUGUGAAGAUGCCAUAAUGCCUGGUUUAAUUGUUUCCUGAAGCUGAUUGUGGUCCUAAAGUGGACCUGGAAAUCCUUUUAAGGUCUAUCAGUAUCUAUACAUACACCACAGUGCCAUUAUAUCUAGUCUAUACCUCUUUCUCACAGGCCACAUCAUCACAAACCCGAACAUUGGGUUCACAUUGAUGUUAAAUCACCUCAUUAGUUCAGCAAUUCUCAGAUCAAUGCAAUGAACAUUUAAAGGGAGACAAAUAUCGUGUAUUGUAUAUUUUUUUGAGUUUUUGUAUAGGUUCUUUCAAAUGUUCACUAUUGUAACUCCCUUCUUAUAUUUCAUAAUAGAGAUCACUUUUUAAUAUAAUGACAAUGUUUGUAUGUAAUGAUGUCUUUAUAAAUGAUGUUUUAAAGGACCUCUAUUUUGCAUCACACCAGAGAAGGAAAGGUAUUACUAAUUGUAAUUUUAUUCUGUAACAUAUUUUUUAACAGAAGAAAACUCAAGCUAUAUUGGUAAUUUACAUAUUUAUUUUGUUAUGUAAAUCAUAUUUAUAAGUGCUAUUUUCACAGAGAAGUGAUUCUUUGUAAAUUGUAAAUACAUUGCUGUUUUUUUCUUUUUGUGUUGAUUGCAUGUCUUUGUAUCAGACCUAAAAGAAAAGACACAUUACAUAUACUACAAGGUA